UUAGUGAUCAUGGACUUCGGCUCUUGCCUGGAGUGAUCCUGUUCGCAUUUUAUUCUUUGCACAGAAUAGGAAGGAGGUUCGCUUGCUUUGCGCAGAAGCUGAGCUACAGGAGAAAGCAGAGCCAAUGUGAUUUAUUGAAUGAAAGCACUGGACACUUACCAGCAACUUGUUCCUCGGCUGCCUCGAACAGCUUCAGCUGGAACUGCCGCUCGAAAAUGACCCAACAAAUGCAGAAUUUACAUCUUUCUCAGUCAAAAAAGCACAGCGCUCCCUCGUCUCCCAAUGCUGCUAAGCGCCUGUACAGGAACCUCUCGGAGAAGCUGAAGGGCGGCCACUCAUCCUUUGACGAGUGCUAUUUCAAAACCAGAACGGACCGGCUGAGUCUCAGAAAGACCUCCGUGAAUUUCCAGGGCAAUGAAGCCAUGUUUGAGGCUGUUGAGCAGCAGGACCUAGAUGCUGUACAGCUGCUCCUCUACCAGUACACACCAGAAGAACUAGACCUGAACACACCAAACAGCGAGGGACUGACGCCCUUGGACAUUGCCAUCAUGACCAACAAUGUGCCCAUUGCUCGGAUUCUUCUGCGGACAGGGGCCCGAGAAAGUCCACACUUCGUCAGCAGGGAAAGCCGAGCCAUGCACCUCAACACACUCGUCCAGGAGGCCCAGGACAGGGUGAGUGAGCUGUCUGCCCAGGUGGAGAACGAAGGCUUCACUCUGGACAACACCGAGAAGGAGAAGCAGCUGAAGGCGUGGGAGUGGAGGUACCGACUCUACAGACGCAUGAAAACCGGCUUCGAGCAUGCCAGACCCCCAGAGGUGCCAGCCAAUGCCUGUCUCAUGGUAACCAGCAGCACGUCACUCACUGUCAGCUUCCAGGAGCCCCUCAGUGUCAAUGCAGCUGUGGUGACCAGGUACAAAGUGGAAUGGAGCAAGUCUAAAGACUUUUCCCCUUUGGCCGGGGAGAUCCUCAUGGACAACCUGCAGACCCUGAGGUGCACCAUCGCAGGCCUCACCACGGGCCAACAGUAUUUUGUUCAAGUCUCAGCUUACAACAUGAAAGGAUGGGGACCAGCUCAGACCACGACGCCAGCAUGUGCCUCUCCCUCUAACUGGAAAGACUAUGACGACAGAGAGCCCAGACACAAGGGACAGAGUGAAGUUCUGGAGAGCCUGCUGCAGCAGGUCCGAGCCCUUCAUCAGCAUUACAGCUGCCGGGAAAGUUCGAAAUUGCAAACCACGGGCCGCAAGCAGUCAGUGUCAAGGAGCCUGAAGCACCUGUUCCAUUCCUCCAACAAGUUUGUGAAGACCUUGAAACGAGGACUCUACAUAGCCGUUAUAUUUUAUUAUAAAGACAAUAUGUUAGUCACCAAUGAAGAUCAAAUACCAAUUGUUGAAAUAGAUGACUCUCACAGCAGUUCUAUUAACCAAGAUUUUCUGUGGUUCACAAAGCUGUCUUGUAUGUGGGAAGACAUCAGGUGGCUGAGGCAGAGUGUGCCCAUCUCCAUGUCCUCAUCCACAGUGCUCCAAACUCGGCAGAAGAUGCUUGCUGCAACCGCCCAGCUACAGAAUUUACUUGGAACGCACAACUUGGGAAGACUUUACUAUGAGCCCAUUAAAGAUCGCCAUGGCAACAUCCUCAUAGUCACCAUCAGAGAAGUAGAGAUGCUUUAUUCCUUUUUUAAUGGCAAAUGGAUGCAGAUCUCAAAACUGCAAAGCCAGAGGAAGUCCCUGUCAACUCCCGAGGAGCCAACAGCCCUAGAUAUUUUACUGAUAACCAUUCAGGAUAUUCUCUCUUAUCACAAAAGGAGUCAUCAGCGUCUCUCUCCUGGACUGUAUCUAGGUUACCUAAAGCUAUGUAGCUCUGUGGAUCAGAUCAAAGUGCUCGUAACCCAAAAGUUGCCCAACAUUCUCUGCCAUGUGAAGAUCCGUGAAAACAGUAACAUCUCCAAAGAGGAGUGGGAGUGGGUCCAGAAGCUGUCUGGCUCCGACUCUAUGGAAAGAGCGGAUCAUAACGCUGACUGCCCCGUGCCAUUGUUCUUCUACGAGCUCCAGACGGCAGUGAAGGCUCUCCUGAAGCAGAUCCAUGUACCUCUGCACCAGGCACGGAACUUCCGCCUCUACACACAGGAGGUGUUGGAAAUGGGUCACAAUGUGUCCUUUCUUCUCCUGCUCCCUGCCUCAGACGACGUCUGUACAGCCCCAGGACAGAAUAAUCCUUACACCCCACACUCAGGGUUUCUUAACCUCCCUCUUCAGAUGUUUGAACUCGUUCAUUUUUGCAGCUACAGAGAGAAAUUUAUUAGUCUGUAUUGCCGUCUUUCUGCUGUUGUGGAGCUGGACGCCCUGAACACCCAACAGUCCCUGAGGGAAGCAAUCUCAGACAGCGAGGUUGCAGCUGCCAAACAAAGACACCAGCAAGUGUUAGACUUCAUUCAGCAAACAGAUGAAGUCUGGCGUGAAAUGAGGUGGAUCAUGGAUGCUCUACAGUAUGCAAGAUACAAGCAGCCUGUCUCUGGCUUGCCCAUCACUAAGCUGAUAGACCCCUCCCAUGAGCAGAAUCUGAAGAAGAUCAGUUCUACAUCAUCACAUAUAGACUGUCUUCCAUCAACAUCUCCAUCCCCAGAGAUGCACAGAAGAAAGGCAGUGAGUGAGUCACAGCCCUGCUCCGAUGAAGAAGGCUGCUCAGAAGUCUUCCUCCCCACCGACAGUGACUAUGACUCCAGUGAUGCCCUGAGCCCACGAGACCUGGACCUGGUUUACCUGUCAUCACAUGACAUCUCCCAGCAGGCCCUCAGUGGCCUCAGUGGCAGCGCCCCAGACGUCCUACAGGUGCACGACAUGAAGGCCUCCCUGGGGCCCGGUCAGGACCCUCCGGGCCCAGUGCAGGGCCCAGACACCGACCACUCGUGUGCAGAGUUUCUCCACAGCCUGACCCUCACAGGCUUGGCACCCAAGAACCACACCAAGAUGGUGCCAGGCACACGGCCCCCGCUGGGCUUCCUGGGGAAGAGGAAGCCAGGCAAGCACCAGCACUACGGUGGCUUCAGCCGCCACCACCGCUGGCUGCGCAUGCACAGCGAGACACAGUCGCUGUCGCUCUCCGAAGGCGUCUACACGCAGCACCAGUCUAGGGCCGGUGGCCUGCCUGGAGAUCCUGGGGAAGCCGAGGGGCCUGGAGCUGUGGUGGAUGGGCCCCGGGGCCUGCCUCUGGCCCACGCGGCCAGCCUCCCAGAGGAGCGGAGGAGCUGCCUCCAGGACCCCAGGCGCUCAGUGCACAGAGUCUAUGUGGAAGCCUACCCCGAUACACUCAUGGGCCAGGACACAAAACUGUGGGCUGGGUUGAGUCCUACCCCUGCGGGCCGUACCAGCCUGUCAAGCCCCACUAGUUCAGAGAUGAGCCCAGACCCCACAUCCCCGGUUUCAGAAAUCCUAAGCAGUAUGCUUUAGAGUGGCCCAGGCCGGCUCUCUACUGUGCCCCCCACCCACCCACCUCCCCACCCGAUAUUCCUUGCAUUUCCAUCACCUAUCCUGCCCCACUGUGCCCCCCUGUUCAAGGGUUACAUGUACAAGGCUCUUUUAUGUUUCCCAAAGUGGACACAGGAUGGGGGAAUUGGGAAGCUAGAGAUGUCAGCAGCCAUUUCCUCCUCACCCUAGGAAACGCAUGGUGUCUGAGACCCACGAUGCAAAUAUAGAAUUCUUUUGGUGGCACCUGUGGCUAAGAUAGGCCAGUCCAAGGAGGACACUUAAUUCUGCAGUUGUCUCUGUAAUCUCAACCCUGGGCCUGGAGUUCUUUUUGUGAGUUUGUGGUUGACGACGAAGUUCAGUAAGUGAAAAGUACAACGGCAUAGCUUUUCCCGCAAAUCCAAACUUUCAGAAGAUUUUGGGGAAAAGAAGCCCGUGUGGUAUCUGGAGAGCAAGGGGUCAUGUAGACUUGUGCUGGGGUUUCCCUCCACCAAACCAAGACAUUCUGAAGUGCAGGGUUCUUGGGACUCCCCAAGUCCAAUUUAUUCACCAGCACUCACCUGGUUAAGUGGGCCUUGGAUAGACCUUUUUUUUUUCCUUCACUUAGUGUUAUGUGGAGAACUCCAGAAACAGAAGUAGAGGGCACUUCUUUGCUAGCCCUGUUCUGCCCAAUAAAACAGGGCAGGAAGCAGCCCUUCGGGCACGCUCAGAUCCCAUUCAGUCGUGACAAUGAACAGUAAAUUACUCCAGAGUGCAAGGAGAUGGCUGCGUUACGUGAAAGCCUACAUUACAGCAGCAAAAAGGGGAAAGAACUAAGAACCUUUUCCUUUACCAUAAACCAAAUGGGUCCAUGGCAGCUGCACCAUUUGGAACGGCCGUGGACAGGCACCAUGUUUUAAACUGACCCAACAGUUAUUGAACAAGAUUGUGUCCACUAGAUAUGGUCAGGUAGUGAUGGGUUCCUCUAAGAACCACAGGCACAUCCUUCACCCCCUCAUCACUGGUUAAGACUGUUCAGGGCUGGGGUGGCUACCCUCCACUUUGACCCCGGCUCCUCAUAACCUGAAUGUCGUGUUCGCCCCCACCACCACACCGAAGAUCAUCUGGCCCAUUGGCCACAUGGGAUAUCUUUCCUUAGUAGCCUCAGCCAGUAGUUCAUGCCAAGCAUGUGCACGAUACCACCUGGAAACGCUGCUUUAGUCACAUCAUCUCUACCUGAAUUUUUCAUAGGUGAGAAAUGCAAACAGAAGCCACACUGUGCCUUCAAGUAAGGCACAGUUCUCCUAGAGCCAAGACCCAUUCAGUUCACCAGCGUUCUUAAUGGUCCUUUUCUACAUAACAGGCCUCUCGGUUAACUACCAUUCUUUGUUAUCAUGUCCUCAGACCUAACUCCUCCUGAAAAUUCAUACAAACCCCAUGUUCACCAUGGUGUUUUGAUCCCCUCUGUUUAAAAAAAAAAAAGGAUUUAAAUAUAAUUAAUUACCC